UGACCGUAUCAGGACUCAGUACAGGGCACACGGGCCGGGCGGCUUAGGCUGUGCGAAAAUAAAAAUUACAUAAAUAUAAGAUGGCGCAACAAAAUAUAUUCAAAUUCAGUUCUGUUCUGUAUGUGAGAGAGUGUGGUAUAAUAUAAUAUAAAAAAAUAAUUUAAAAAAUGAAAAUAUUAUUAGUGCUCACUUUAAUCGGUCUUGUGGAUUACACUUAUCAAUCAGGAUGGUCGUACGAUUAUCAAACGCAAUGGCCAGGUCUAUGCAGGGGUGGACAGCUCCAAUCUCCUAUCAAUAUCAUGACUCGUGACGCCAUUUUCGACAAGCACGAAGCCCAUAUACGCGGACCGCUGGUGAUGAGAGGAUACGGAGAUGUUAAGGUCACAGCGAUCAACAACGGACAUACACUAAGAUGGAAGGUGAAACCUGACACUGAGGCGCCAGUGCUCUCCGGGGGUCCACUUAGAGGGAACUACACCUUCCUGCAGUUUCAUCUACACUGGCUCUCGGAACACGCUAUUGACGGCAUGAAAUAUCCCAUGGAGAUACACAUGGUGCACGUGAAAACCGGUGUCCCGGUGGAUGAAGCCUUGAAACGUCCAGAUGGACUCGCCGUCAUCGGCGUCAUGUGUCAGAUAUACAGUAAUGAAGAAAGCCAAUUCGCUUUGGAGCAAAUAAUGCCCGCUGUACCGGACCUCGCAAGCAGAUCUGAAGAAGAAACCGACCCUAAGAACAUUGAUUUAAGACGCCUGCUGAGUCCAAACCCUCAAUCCUACUACACAUACCACGGGUCCCUCACCACACCGGACUGCCAGGAAUCAGUCACCUGGAUCGUUAUGGACAAACCUCUCAUCAUUGCUGACACACAGUAUCAAGUCUUCAGCAAAGUCGACGUCGGUGGUCGAGACAACUAUAGAAACUUGCAACAAGUCAACCGCGUCGUGUAUCGCUCAGUAGCUUCUUGCUCCACGAUCCUGAUGCCGAGUUUCUUUGGAACCAUAAUUAGCUUGAUCAGCUGCCUCUCGUCCUCCCUCACUGCUGGAGUCAACAAGGGAUACUGCUACAUCGUUAACAUCAAGAGAAGAUUGUUGGGCAGUACGGUGAAAAAGUGCGCGAAAUUGGCGUAAGCUAUGUCCGGCUUUGAUAUUAGGUUAAGGCGAGCAUUAAUGUUAUUUUAGUUUCAUUAUCAUGAGCGUAGAGUGAUAAAAUCCGCUAGUGUAAUCCAUUUUUCCAUGACUAUAGCUAUACAUUGUGUGUGAACACUUAUGAACACGCAAAGCAAAUGCAAAGAGUAGAUUGUUUGCAAGAUCAUGACUUACUUUUAACAUCAAAUCGAUAUAUUCGUUUUAAUAUUUAUUUUAAUUUUAAGCUAUCAUACAUUAGACUUGAUACGUUUAUUUAGAAUAAAAUUUUAAAUAAAUGUAAGUAUCUAGUCUACUAGUCUCUGAAAGCACUGACUGGCUCUUUUGAGUCUUGUUGUCAGAAGCUAAAAUGCGCUCACGUAAAAUCCCAAAAGCCUAAAGGAUCUACUUUUACGUAAUCCGAUUUUUCCACCUACUGAAAAUGUUUUAGUUGUUUAUUCCUUAUACAUUAUAUAAGUUGCAAAAGAUUUUCGGAUUUAAUGCUUAAGUUUAUGCUGUAUAGCAAAGGGAUGUGGAAAUGUCAGAAAAAGUAGAUAUCUUAGCGGUAAUAUUUUGUUUUACUAUCUUAGAUACAAAGCGCCGGUGACUUACACAGCUUAGACCUAGAUAAAUUCAUUGUAUAAAGUAACUCUGCAUAUAUCAAGACAAAACAGUUUUAAAACGUCUAAGUUUGAGUGGAAUGAGGAGUAGGUAGUAGAUAAGAGGAUUUAAUAACUGUAGUACUACUAGCCCUUCCGGUCAUGAAAAGCGGUGGAGAAGUAGCAGCAGUACACUAAGGAGAUCAGAGACUCGGGCGCUAUGACUUGUCCUUCUUCAAACGAGGCUUGUGGAGAGUACUCGACGGUAGGCAGAGGCUUUGCUCUGCCCCUGGCAUUGCUGACGUCCAUGGGCGACGGUAACCACUCACCAUCAGGCGGGCCAUGUGCUCGUCUGCCUACAAGGGCAUUAAAAAAAAAGAAUAUUCCAGAGCAUAUCUGCAUCGUUUUUGUAAAAAGCCGGAUAGACUAUUAUGGUUUACGUACCGUUGACCUAAUUUUUAAGAAUUUUAACUUGAUAAUUUUGUUCUUCCUGCUACACGCUGGGGAUAAAUUUUUUUUAUAUUUCUUGCAUUUUUACGAUGUACAGGCAUUCCCUCACUGGCGAUAUUAAUUUACAUAUACACCUCUCCUAUGUCUAUUUAUAUUUAGGAGAUUGUUUACAUAUUUAUUUUAGUAUUUGAUGUUAAAUACACACUAAUCUAUAUGUUUAUUUCUCUGAGGUUGUUAAGAUAUAUUUUGACAUUAAUUGUUUCAUUAUGAUUGGCUUUAAAGUUAAAGGUUCCAUUAUUCGAAACAAAAGAGUAGAAUAAUAUACAUUUAAAAUACACAAAAAUAUAUUAGGGUACGGCAGUUUGUGACCACGGGUGAUUCCACCGAAAAAACAUCGAGACGUUUCGAGAUUUGAAAUAGGUUUUCCCGUAUUAAAUUACGUCACUCAGAUCGCGAAUUUUAAUAGUUUUCAAUUGAAUUAAUCACCAUAUUGUAAAGUAAAAAGAAAAAAUCAGUCUUAAAACUUUAACUUUGAUUGUAUUCGUGAAAAAUUCACAAUAUUUCUUUUAUUGAAAAUCUUGUCUGAUGCUCUCAGCUGCUUCAUCAAGAAAAUAAUGUUUUUUGAAAUAUUUCGUAUGCAGUUUCUUCUCUACGAUACAGUAUUUUCUACACAUGCAACCUGGCCACGUCGAUCUAGGCAAUCGAAAAUGCUAUAUUUAUUUCAAUUUAGAUUCUAGACAUAAAUAUGUUCUAUUAAUAUUAUGACCCUAGAAGUUCCGGUCACUAAACACCUAAUUCGGAAAAAAGCAAUGUUUUUGACGCAAACUUACUCAAUUCUAAGUACAUAAUACACUAUUUGAUUAUCCGCAUAAUUCUUAUUCAUAUAACGGAAACCAUUGGCUUCUUAAAUGAGAUAUGACAAAACGAUAAAUUCAUCAACUUUAAUCGUAAUAUCUAAUAGAAGCAAACAUGAUUUACCAAACAAUUAAACACAAAAUCCGCCAAUCAUUGUUAAUUUCUAUCGUAAAUCAAACGGUCGGCUUUAGAUACGUCAUUUUAAUAUUAGAAUUAAGAUUGUAGUCAUUAAUAUAAUCUAACUUGAUAAUGUGACGUCAGUUUAUUGAAACGUCUGGCUGUCAAAACGACAAUUUAUCACUGCAAUAAAAUUUAUACGCGAAGACACGACUUUAUCAUACAGUCGCACCGUGAUAGAUUAAUUAGGAGAUUUAUGGAUUUUAUUUAUGAAACAAUUAUUUAUUACUAAUAUUAUAAUUAUUAUUAGUUUACUUUACUUUUACUAAUAUUAUAAAGAGGAAAGAUUUGUUUGUUUGUAUUGAAUAGGCUCCGAAACUACUGAACCGAUUUGAAAAAUUCUUUCACUGUUUGGAAGCUACACUAUUCCUGAGUGACAUAGGUUAUAAUAUUUUUUGAAAAAAAUUAGGGAUCCCUACUAAAAUUCCAAUAAUGUAACCCAAGGUGUAAACAAAUUACCUAAAAUAUUCUUUACAUCGCGUGCCCUGCGAAAACUAUUAAUGAUAGAAUAAAAUAAUGUACUACGACUUUGUAGAACACAUUAUUGUUUUCAAAAAGCUUUGCGACAGUAUAUGUCUAACUAUUAUAGUUAUGCCGCAAUAAAUUUAUUUAAAAAAAAAACCUCAAAUAUCGUUGAAAUUUUUGUUCAAGACCCGACCGGAGCCGGAGCGGGUCGCUGUUUAUUAUAAUGCGCGAUAAACAAUUAUGUUCAUCGCUGAAUAAUGUUAACACGUUAACUGCCGUGUAGGUCACCCGUGCCCUACGUGACGCACUGAAGUAACUAUGACGAUCUCCUUACUAAGGCGCCGGAAUAUCUAGUAUACUCUGAUAGAAAGACGAAUCCGAAAAUACUGAAAAUCGAUCUUUUUGUAAGAAACCUAAAAGAUGAAAACAUAGUACAUUAUUAAACAAAAGAAGGCAAAGUUAGGUAACCCAGACACUUAGUAACAGAAAUCGACAUAAUUCCUUCAGAGCGCCGCGUAGGGCACCGGGGACCUAUAUUGCAGUCAAUGUGUUAAUGUGUUUUUUUGUAUUUUUUUUUCAAUAGACUAAAUUAUUUCAUGACAAGUCCAAGUACCUUCUUUUUGAAGUUUUUUUUUAAUGUAAAUAUCAAUUAAAAUAUAGCAUCUAAAUAUCGCACAUACGAUGCUAUAAAGUGACUUAUACAAUUUUCGUUAACACUGAAUGGAGUAUAAGAAAAUACAUUUAUAAUAGUUAUGACGAAUGAAUAGUGAGACGAGAGAGAUGUUUGCUUUAACUUAUGAAGUAUAAAGUUGUAUUUUAAAUAUUAUCAUUUUAUUUCUAUAGCCUAGAACUAUAUAAGGAUUAUAUUAGAUGUUGAACUUUUCAACGUUUCUCCUGGAAAAUUACAUAAUGCGAUAUAUCCAACAUAAAUAUCUCUUACGCACUAUGACUAAACUAUAGUCUAUUUCUAUCAAAUAUAAUUUCGUUAUUAAAAGCUUAACAAUUUGCCUAAACGACAAUCAUAAUAAUAUAAUUUAAGCCGCCAUUAAGUGAUAGAUUUCGCUAUGUUUACAGUUAGAGAGAAAAAUAUCAUAAUACAUAUUUGCAUAAGAUAGUGUUUUGCUUUUAUGAAAUAUUCUAUAAUAUUCUUUGUAGUCGCCUUGUUUUCUGUAUGUUGUUUGAAUUUGUUGUUGUAAAUCACCUUGUACAUUGUAAUUAGGUUUAUUUUUUACUUUAAUUAUAUUACUAUUAACUUUAUCUUUAUUUAAAUUUAGUAGGAAAAAUUUAUAUAGGAAAUUUUAUUCAAUUAUUGGCUGUGAUUGUUUAAACAGAGGCGUUUUUAAAAUGUGUUAAACAGUUAAUGUUUUGAAUUGUUUUGGGUACGGCCGUCACCAAAAUGGAUUGAAACUGGCUACGUACCAAUUGGCAGUGCUACAUUCAUGAGUAGCACUAGGUAGUACCACUGUAUACUGUAUAGUAUAUAGUAUUGUAUACUGUAUAGUAUAGUGUGGUAGUAGAUUGUAAAUGGACAUGUAAUGGACAGAUUGAGCUUUAAUUUUCAACACGAAACAAACUUACGACUUUAUUUAUUUAAUGAUCGAAGUCGUCGUGGCCAAAUAGAUAAGACGCCCGGUGCAUUCGUAUCGAGCGAUGCGACAGUGCCGGUGUUCGAAUCCCGCAUAUAGGUAACAAUUUUUUCUAAAGAAAUGCUCACUUUUUAUUUGAUGAAAUUUUUUAAGAAAAGUGACGCCAAAAUCACCUAGCAAGGAGUUUCGGACGUUAACAUGAUAGGGCAGUAUUUUGUUGUGACCAUGGAAAAUUGUUCUCUCAUACUAACAGACUACCAAAAAAAAUUAAGAUAAUUCUAAUUUUGUUUAGACACCUUAAUAGACCCCAUGACAUGAGAUGUUAUAGACACAUCGAGCGACACCUGAUUUACCGAAAAUAAUGAUUAGUUAGUAUAGUACAUAUAUAUGAGUCGUCUAUUAUCAAAGGUGGCAAUCUGUGCAUUUGGACAAAAAAAUGUUAUUGAUAUGUCAAUACAGAUUGAUUUGAAUAUAAUCGUCUCCUUCAAAGAAUACGGUCCAAAACCUGCAUUAAAUAAAGGUUAAUACUUAACCUGUUAUUUAUCCAAGAUGUCGAUCAGAAGAGUUUUGUGACUGCCAAUGGAAUACAAAGUCAAUAAUUCGUUUUUCUGAUUUACCAAAAAUUGUCCAAAAGUCACAUUGCCGGCUUUGAUAAUAGUCGACUCAUAUAUAGUAGAACAGAAUUUUUACGUUAGCUGAAUUCAAAUCACUGUUGUACAUCUUCGAUGUUCUGGAUUCGAUAAAAAUAUAUAGUUAUUUCACCCCUCGAUUAAGGGGCUUAUAAAGUGUACAGUGUUCCAAGUAUGGACAUCAAUGAGUCAGAUAGUUAUAAGAUAGUUAUUAAAAUAGUUUAUAUGUAAAUCUUAAGCCCGAGCAUUGUAAAUAUAAACUAUUCAUGUACCGACAUAAUUAUGCAAAAUGUUUAAUAAAAGGAUAUACAAUU